AUGGCGUCCUUCCUUGAAUUUGUCCGCUUCUGCGCGGCCCGGCCGGGCUGCGACAAGGGCGGCCUCUACGCGAUCCAGCCGCGCGGGUUGCGCGGCUCCCCCAUCAAAAUAGGAUGCUCGUUUAACCUGCUGCGCCGUCUCGCCAACUGGGAAUACAGCUACCCUGCCGGCGUUGACAUCCUGGCCGUGGCCCGGAUGAACCGGCCGAACGACGCGCACUUCCACAAGCGCCGCGCGUUCCAGCUCGCGGAGGCCCUGCUGAAGCACGAGCUCCAUCAGCACGUCGUGGCGAGGGAGGAAUGGUUGCAACCGUGGGCCAAGGCGGACACGUUAGCGGCCAUGCGCCGCCUCCAGCUCUCGCUGAGCCCCAACCUCGCCGGGCACUUCUUUGACGCGGCGCAGAUCAAGGCAGGGCCUCGGGAGAGGCGCGCGGGAGAUCCGCACACGGCGCCACAUGCUGCGCCUCCGCCCCUCCACGAGCCCACGCGCCGCCAGCGGCGCGCGCAACUAACGCCCGUGCGUUGGCCCUGCCACCUUCGGCACAAGGGCGUGGAGCCGAGGUGUGAGGCGGACGCCCUGUGCCGCUGGGAGCGGUCGCCGCAGCCCCGUGGGCGAGGCAGGUGCGUGGCGACUGGAGCGCCUGCUCGGGGCGCAUAG